AUGGAAAUUAAUUAAGACACUCUGAACUUUUUAUUUAAGGAAUUAUGUGCUAUGGCUUUCUUAUAACAAAAAUCAUAAAAUGAAUUAAAUGAACUUUAUCAAUAUUACACUAUGCAAGAAGCAAGGCUAAUAAACCAAUUUUAUCAUUAUUAAACGAUCAACGAAUAAGAAUUGAAAUUAGUGAAUAGAUUUAUGGCAAGAAUUUCAGAAGCUUUCUAAUUGAUGAUGGCAAAAAGGUAAAUUAUAAGAUGCAAAGAAUCUAAAUUUUAACCAUCUAUAUAUAAUUGUUUAACUUAAACUUUUGAAGGGAAGAAUAGUCUAAUUUGUCAAUUGAUUUAAGCCAUUUAUGGUGAGUGCAGACUUUAGAUUGAAGUACUAACAAAUAAGAACCAAAAGAUUGAAGUCAAAAGAAUACACAGUCAAGAUAACAACAAUGAUGAAGAGAAACUUCAGAAUCAAUUCUAUUCAGUUUAAGUUACAAACAAGAAGAAUAUUUAAAAUGAUUGGCAAGUUAAUAUGAAAAACAAUAAGAAGUUGAACAAUUACUAUUUGAAAGUAUUCCCUAAACUAUAUGAUGUGAUAAGCAGUGUCGACAAAAGUCAAGAUGAAUAAAUCCUAUAUUUCUAAAACAGAGACUAGAAUAUGGAUAGAAUAUUCAAUUAGUUACUUUAAUAAAAUCAACAUAUCAAAUAAUCAUUGAAUUGGUCAGUCAAUUUGGAUCAAGAAGUGUAUAAUAAUAAGAUUGAAUAAAAAUUGCAAAAGAUAAAAUUACAAUAAUUAAUCCCAAGCCAUUAAUUAUCAACUCAAUCAUCUCCAACUAAGCCUUCGCAACCAUCAAAUAAAUCAAUUAAAUAAAAUGCUCCCACAAGUCCAUUCAAAAACAAUGGCAUUAAUAAUAGUCACAAUCCAGGUAAGAUGCCUUCAAUUAACGUUAAAUUUAGGAGUAUUUCACAAAAUGUUCCAAUGAGUGAAACUAAUUUUAAAAGUUAAAAUAAUUUCCUUAAUCCACAGCAAUUCUAAGCAUAAUAAAAUUAAUAAUAAUAACAAUAUUAUUCAUCGGAAAUAGAAAAAUCGGCUUUGUUUUCAAAAAUAAUAGAAAACUAUAAAUAAAAUUAAUUUCAAUUAAAUAAAAUUAAAAUAGAAUUUAAACCUAAAAGAUAACAUUGCUCAGUCCUGAAAAGUAAAUUAAUGAUUGAUCUCAUCCCACUUCAUAAUUCAAAAUUAAAGCCUAAAGCGACUCGACAUUUAUUAUAAUAAGUUCCAUCAAUAAUCAAUUGA